AUGAGUCAAUCAUGUUGUCCAGUUUGCACAUUGUACUUACGCCCAGGAAUAUCUCUUCCUGUUCAUUUGCAUACACAUCCAAAAAAACAAGUCAUAAAAGCUUUAUUAACCCUAACCAAUCAAAUAUCUCCUUCAAAAUCAGACAAAUCAGAAUCAGAUCAAGAAAACCUAUCAGAUGACAGUAGCUCAUCUUCAGGUUCAUCCGAAGGUGGAUACACCUUUAUUAUACCAGAUAGAGUUAAUAAUGCAAAUAAAAAUACCUUAAAUGUAUCAGAAGCGGUUAAUGAAACCAGCAGAACUAACUUCAAUAUAUCAGAUGCUGUUAAUUCUGGUCUUAAUAAUGAGGAUAGAAAUAGUCCCAACAUUUGUUCAUCACCUAAAAGCCAAAAUAGUCAAGCACUUUCAGAACUACGAGAUGCUCUUGAAGAUCAUCCCGAAGAUGACAUUGAUAUUGAAGAUAACAAUGUUACUUUUGAGGAUGACUAUCCACCAGAAUUUGAAGAAGACCAACAAGAUUGCAGUAAUGGUGGUUUUCAAGGAGGAUCAAAUGAUUCAACUCAACAUCAUGAAAUGUCGGAAGAAACAGGCUCAUCUGUAGCAGGUCAUUUUAAUGAUCCAUUUCAAUCAAAUGGUAAUCUACUUGAAAAUGAAGAAUAUAUGUCGCAUUACUUUUACUCCAGCGAAAAUGCUCGUAUAUCACAUACUGAUCCAGAUCCUCAACUUAACCCUCCUCAAUAUAGUACUCUUACUACAAUGGAGCUACAUCCAGAAUAUUUAUCCUCAAACCAUCAAGAACAUAAUUUAACUUUAGAUAUUCAAACUGAUGAACUUAUGCCAGCUCAUGGAGAAUUGUCUGGCCAAGAGAGUUUAGAACCCCCUGAACCAAUACUUGCAUCUAUAUGGACAAUGAAAAGUAGUGAUGAUAUUCUGCCUCAAACUAGUACUGCAUGGGAUGAUACUGUACAUGAAGUUAGUACUGCUGCUAGAAAUUUAAUGUGUUUAAAAAACAGAGAAGAAAUCCCUAAAGAAGAUACUAAAGAAAUAAUAGAAAAAAAAGAAGUAAAACCACUGUUAGGAAAAUUAAUUUGUCCGUAUUGCAAAUUAAAGUUCAAUGAUGCUAAGUCACGUAAAGCACAUAUUAAUGAAGAGCAUAAAAAUGAAGAAGGUGUGAAAAAAGGUUUGAUGUACAUUAAGCCAUUUACAGAAAAAAUAGAAACUGAUUUGGACGAAUCGGAUCAACCAACUACUCUGAAAGUGGAAUGUGGCAUUUGCAAUCAACCUUUUGAAAAUUAUAUUCAUAUGACAUUGCAUUUUAUUGAUACUCAUAAAGAUAAGAAUAAUUUAUGUCCAACAUGUAACAUAGUAUUUCCUAUGAUAACAGAUUUUCGAGAACAUAUACUAAAUGUUCAUCCAUUGACAUGUAGUUUCUGUUCAAGGAAAUUUCAUUCCCAAUUUAAUUUAACCACACAUUUGAAACGUCAUCUUCAAAUUAAGCCAUAUGUCUGUGAACAAUGUCAUAAAUGUUUUGUCAGUCGUGUUAAACUUCAAGAUCAUAUGAAUGGGCAUCUCAAUAUAAAACCAUACUCUUGUUCUAUGUGUGAUCAAGCUUUUAGUUGCAAAUCAAAUUUAAAUAGUCAUAUUCGUAAACAACAUCAAGCUAAUGGAACUCCAAAAGAUUUUUAUUGCCAUUGUGGAGAGGUAUUUCAUUCUUUAAAAAAGCUUGCAUGGCAUAAGGAAACUCACGAAGAUAAACCAAAACAAUGUCCAUGGUGCUCAGAACGUUUUGUACAUUUAACAUCAUUGACUAGACAUAUAAGGCGUUCACAUGAUUCAUCAUAUUUACCUACAAAAGACCGUGAUUUUGAAAACAUGACCUGUCAUAUAUGUAAUAAUACAUUUUUACGUAAAUCUUUUGCUACUCAUAUGCUUAUUCACAAAGAUUUAAGACCUUAUUCUUGCAAUAUAUGCAACCGAUCAUUUCGGACUAAAUGGAAUUUAAGAAUGCAUCAGUGGACUCAUAUGUCACGUACACACAAACCUUUUAAAUGUACCCAGUGCAAAAGUGCAUUUUAUCUCAAACAUGAAUGGGAAGCUCAUGUUCGUGCACACAAUGGUGUUCGUCCAUUUACAUGUAAUGAAUGUGGAAAACAAUUUAUUAGGAAAAAGCAUUGUAUGAGACAUAUGGCAGAACAUGAAGAAGGCAAUCGUUCAUAUGAAUGCAAAGAAUGUGGCAAAAGGUUCCAUCGUAGUUAUUAUCUGACAGAUCACAUAAAGACACACACUGGACAAAAGCCUCAUACAUGUCAUAUAUGCGGUAAAACAACUAGCUCUAAGUCAAAUCACAACAAACAUGUCCGUACACAUCAUGCAAGAGAAACAAUAAACACUGAAGGUUAAUGUAUCGCAGUUUUAACCUACUUUAAUAAUUUACAAAACAAUAGUUUUAAGAUUUAAACUUAAGGAAUAAUUUUUAUAAACUAAAUUUUAUCUAUAGUUUGGCUGGUCCAAUAUAAUAGUGAUUUCAACAUAUUUUAACAAUAUGUCUGCAUUUUUAUAUUCUUAUUUAUUUGUUUAUUACCAAUACUGUAGACAUAAUAUAUAUAUAUAUAUAUAUAAUAUAAAUAACUUCUAAAAUUAAAAACAUAAAUAAUUUUAUCCAUCAGUUUAAGUAUUUACCAUCUCUUAUAUUAAUACAUUAUUUUAAUUAUUGAAUAUGUUAUUACCAACUCAACUUUAAUAGUGAUUUAAAUUGUACUUGACUGGGUUCUUGCAAUUUUUGUGAACAAAUGUGUGUGUUUAUAUGUACGUGUGUAUCCUUCGAUUGUCUACUAUUAAUCAAAGCACUUGUGUUAAGUUAUUUACCUUAAGUAUUUUUAGUUAUAUGUUAGGUACCUAUGCAAUAUAUAUAUUAAGUUUAGCAUGGCAAAUAUAUUUUUUUUAUUUAUGAUAAUAUUAAUGUUAUUUUACAACUUUUGUUUUUAUAAA